GUGACAUACCCUAGCUACAUGUACAAACAUUAUAUUUCGGUAUGUAAUGAUGUAAAUAGUUUUACGAAAUUCUGAUUUCGUAACCAUGGCUCUCGAUUGUGAUUUGAUACUUAUGAUAGUGUUUUUUACCAUCAACAUAAUAUUUUGUUUCAUGGGAUUGGGGUUAAUCAUUGUUGGGAGCCUAACUUUCAGAAACGUGUCUGAUAUUAACACAGACCAUAUCAAGUCUCUUCUGGAAUGCAUCCAAGCAGUCAGUGAGGUCACCACUCUGUCCAUAAUUCUUAUAAUUAUCGGAGUGGUCAUUUUCGUAUUUGCUGGUUUGGGGUUCUUUGGAGCAUAUUCAAAACGAAAGUACAUACUAGUUGAGUACGCAAACUUAGUUUUCAUGCUUCUUGUAAUGAAGAUCAUUGUCAUAUCUUUGUGGCUUACAAUGAAAAGUGAGGUAGAGACGGAAAUACAAAGCAAAAUGCUUGAGUCUUUGAAAAAUAAUUUUGUAGCGGAUACUGUUUCAUCCACCAAUUCUUUUUCCAAUGAAUGGAACUACAUGUUCAUGAAGCUGGACUGUUGUGGCGUGAAUCCUGUCGUAUCAACAACAAAUGAUUUUGAUGCCACGUCUUGGUGUACUACAUCGGGAUCAUGUCAGGCCACUAGUUCACAGAUUCCAAAGACCUGCUGUCUCAAUGUUGACGAAAACACGUAUACUUCGGCUCCAAGUGGCUGUCAUGCAAGCGUUAACAGUGGAACAUACAAUGCACAGGGAUGUUACGAUGUAUUAAAGGAAGCAUUGCUAUCAUAUUCAUCCAGCAUUCUUGGUCUAUUAUUUACAACUAUAUUCAUUGAGAUAUUCGCUGUGAUCUGUGCGUUUCUGAUUCGUAGCAAAGAUAGACAACUCUGGCGCACCCAUUGUCCUAUCCUCUGUAAGUGCUUACCGUUGGAUGCACCGGCAACUAAGUAAACUGAUAUACAGAGACAAUGAUGAUGUUUAUUCUGGUUUUCAUUCUUUACGGGGAAAGUUCACUGUACCUUAAUGGUUUGUACCAUAAUUAAUGUACAGGGUAUGCGCAGAAAUCGACGAAAGUCUGUUAUGCGUACAGUUGAAUAAUUUCUCAUCUAUUUUUUCAGUAUCUUUAACAGCGAUUUCUAGUCGUUUCGGGCUUUCCCUCGUUCGGUCCUUGAUAUAUUCGGACCAUAGUAGGUACAAGAAGAGUCAAAUAACAAUGUAUUUUCUCUUGAUGGACUUAAUAUGUUAUCUGAUAUUAAUCUUAAUAAUGACAUUAACCAACCAAUAACUCGUGAAGAAAUAUUUAAGGGUAUCAAUAUGUUGAAAAAUAACAAAGCGUGUGGUGAUGAUAGAAUUUUUAAUGAAUAUAUCAAAAGUACCCAAGAUUGUAUGUUGAAUUUAUAUACUGUAUUGUUUAACAAAAUAUUUGGUUCUGGUGUUAUACCCACACAGUGGGUUAGUGGUAACAUUAUACCUGUUUAUAAGAAUAAAGGGGAUAGUACAGAACCCCAAAAUUAUAAACCAAUUACACUUUUGAGUUGUCUUGGAAAUUAUUCACUGCUAUCAUUAAUGAAAGGUUAAACAAAUAUGCUGAUAAUGUUCAACUCAUUUUAGAGAACCAAGCAGGUUUUCGUAGAGGUCAUAGUACUAUAGAUUGUAUGGAACAAGGUAUUAUCAAACAAUAUUGAUGGAAAAUGUUUUAAAAGUAUCACUAAUAUGGUUAAUGGAUUAAGUUCUGAAUUUUUCGAAUGUACAGUUGGAGUAAGACAAGGGGAAAAUUUAUCAUCUUUUUUAUUUUCACUAUAUUUAAAUCUAUAUACAUGUACAAACAAUGUCAGAGGUUUGUCACGCUUGUCUGGGAACAUUUAGUAAGAUCUUAAUCUUUAUUUACAUGUUUUUGUCUUAUUGUAUGCAGAUGAUACAAACUUAUUGUGUACAUUUGUAUAUACUGAUUUUGAACCUCAUAUACCAGUGAACUGGUCUUGAGUGAAUAAAGAAGUGAAUUGAAUUGAAUUUGACAUAUUCUGCAGUGAACAUUUUGCCUUAUUAUAAUCUCAUCAUAAAAUUUGUACCUUUUGGUAAAUGGUUGAUUAAUUAUCUUAAUUGACGGAAACUUUGAUGUCUAAGAUGGGGGACACACACCAUUUCCAAAAACAACAACACAGACAUAACAGUAACAAACACAUUUAUUAAAACAACAGUAAUUAAUAUGUCAGGCCAAAACGACUAUGUAUCUACGGCCGAAUCUCGCUGGGGCCGAAUCUCGCUAGGGCCGAACAUAUAUAGGGCCGAGUGGAGAAAAGGCCGAAACGACUUCUUACCUUAACAGCUUACCUUUUUAAUUUGUUAUAUCAAAGAACUUCACGACACAAGUUUUGUCCUCGAUCCAUUAUUACUCAUUGCGAGUAUCACAUUGUUAAUCUUUGAUAAUCGAAUUAAAUUUAUCCUAAUUCUAUUAUGCCUUUGCUUUUAGAUUUCACUCUUGGUUUGAUGUGGUACAUGUUUGUAUCUCUUGUUGUAUAAAAGAAUUCUUUCAAAGCGUGUUAAAAUACAUCACUUACGAUUGAUUUUGUGUCAAUUAUAUAGACAUCUUCAAGUAAAGUACUUAAGAAAUAUCAGUUAAAAUUUCGUUGAUAAUGAUUGUAGAUCAAAAUGUAUUUAUUUAUUUUAUGAUAUUAGAAUAAAUGUUUUGGUUUU